AUGUCCGACGACGAAGAAGCUCCACUCCCGGCAACCAUCGAGAUCAAUAACAACGCCGUUCUCAUCCGUAACAUCGAAACCAUGAUGCAAGAGUUGGGAUUGCCCGACCCUGAUCACCACGCCGCCAAUGUGAACGCCGAUGCUGAAGUCGUCGCAGCAAGGAGAUUAGUUGCGCAAGCGAAGGAGCUGUUGAGGCUUGCGGACGAACGUUUCCAUCGUGUGCAUGAUAUAUCCAUUGCUCUGGGUGUGGAGAAGGGUAGGAAGAUUAGAGCCUUCCGUAUGCUGCUGAAGAAGAUUAGAGAGGCUAUGCGAGAGGAGGGGUGGACAGAUCUUGGGGAGGCAAGUGAAGAAGAGGCUGACAGCUCUGAUAGUAGCUGA